AUGUAUUUGCUUGAGCGGGUCCACCCGUCAGUGCAGGCGGCCGUCGAUCGCAUCUUGUCAGGGGAGAACAAAACGCCCCACACCGUCGUGCGUGACUUUGAUGCAUGCGAGUACCACAUCCAGGUCGAGUGGACGGAGUCGGGGGGCGGCGCGGGGGAGAAGACAGGCGACGACGCUACGCCGCAUCGUGAGGCGCAGGAUGCCGCUGUCACCAUCGCGCUGCGGCACGCCACGCCGUUUAAAGAGUUGAAUGUUCACCGCAACUUUGACGGCGUCCUGCCGACGCUUUUUCCAUCGGCGGCGCGAACUUUUGUGAGGGGCGACGCGUACACCCGCAGCGACGGUGGCUUCGUUGCGGAGGUCCACGUUCCUGCUUCUACGCCCGCACCACUGCGGCAGGCGGCGCUGCACUCAGCGGCGCAGCUGCGGGUAUGGAGCUACGUCCCUGUGUUUGCCGGGCAGUACGGGCUGUACGUGUCGCGGCCAGAGGCUGUACUGAGGCCCGUCGUGCUGCACUACCACACGGGGGAGGAGAUGGUGUUGUUCAGCAGUCGGGGGAACUUUGUUGUCGCCAUUGCCCUGUCUCCCGCCUCCAAGGAUGAGGCGGUCUUCACCAGGCACUUUUUGCAGUCGAUGAUGGAUGCGAAGAAGCUGCAGCGGGAGAUCAGCGCGGCCCCGGCCUUUGUGUUUGACCACGGCAAGCCUCCUGUUUCUUUUCCGGAGAACCUUGACCUGCCGUCGCUGACGGAUGCCAAUGUGUUUUGGUGCAGCUUUCAGCUCUUUCGGCGGCAAAUGGAGCCUGAUGAGCACCUUGUCGAGACCGUCACGCAACUCGUGAACUUCCGCAGCACACUUGCCUAUCACAUUCACGCCUGUAGAACGUACAUGCACGCCCUGAUGCGGAAGCGGGUGGAGGCCAGUACGCAGGUGCUUAACAGGGCAAAGACGAAGACCACAGACAAGGCUAAGGUCACCCUGCACUGA